AUGAUCUGCAUGCCCAAUCCUGAAUACCUAUCAAAGGACAUAUUAGAAGAAGAUUUUUUAAAAGUGUUUUCAUAUUUCAAUGUAGCUCAAAGGAUCUUAGGCUCAAGUCGCGUUUAUGCCAGAGACCGUUUCGUAUCGCCCCCGACCGUAUCUCAAAAAUUGUUCACUGUCAUAUGUGGCAUUUUCUUCUCGAUCGUAUGUUAUACUUUUUCUAAAUUGUAUAUCUUACGAUAUAGGGAUUGUCCUUUUGUAGGCUUGUUAUUACAGGCCGGUGUAACAUUAUACAUUCUAGUGUUUUUGUGCAAUAUGAUUCACGUGCGGUUUUUAAACAACGAAGCGAACGUGAAAUUUUAUAUUAAGAUGCAAGAAAUAGAUAGGACUACGGGAAUUGGACUGCAUAAGGUUAUGAACAAAUUUUUACGUUUUACAUACAAUACAACAAUUUUGUCGUUGGGGGGUGUGAUGUGCAUAUUACUGUUAAUGUUCGUGAACUUAGGUUUAUUGUUACUUGGUUUUAUUUCAACCAUGUACUUGUACUUCACUGUCACGUUAGAGACAGUAUAUUGCAUUAAUUUAUCAGCGUAUUUUGUUUCGAGAUUACGUUUUAUUAACUCGAUAAUAGCCAACUACAUAGACCUAGAACAUUUUGUAGGAAAAGUAACAUUGUAUAAUGUAACUAAAAGAUCGUCAAUUAGGCAAUUAGCUGCUCAGACACAUGAUUUCAGAACUUGUGACGUUGAUAUUCAUUUGAAGGCAUUGUUCCAAUGUUUUGAGCAAUUUCAAAAUCUCUACAGAUUUCAGCGAACGAGCUGCACAAACUGCCCCCCGCCCUGCCCAUCGUCCCCGUUCGACCACGUCGAUGUUACCAGGCUGCUGAAGGAUAUCACUUCUCUGAAGUCAAGCCUGGCCGAGUUGCAGUGUAGAUUGGAUGCUUCAGAUUCAGUGAGCUGCGUACCCAAGUUGCCAAUGUUGAGUCCGGCACAAAUGGUUGCGUCAGCGAUCGCUCUUGCCGGAGCGCGUAAUGCGCUGCGCCCUGCUGCCCGCGCCUCCGUCCCGGCGGAAACGUCACCCGUAUGCAUGUCAGCCCCUGCACGUGUAUACUCCGCUGUAGCCGCUUCUACCAGCCGACUCGCCACUUCAAAACUCGAGAGACCGCCAUCGGCUAAGAGACCUAUAAGGCACAAAGCCAAAAUGACGCUGAAAAUGAUCGAAGAAAGCACACCCAGUUUCAAGGUAUACGACAUAAUGGAAAUAAAUGCUGAAAGCAUGCUAAAACUAACCAGUUUUGUGACCUUUCUUGUCGUUACUUUAUUGCAGUUCGCAUUCUUAUAA